AUGGAUCCACAAGAAGAACAACAGCUGGAACUCGAAGUUUUGGAAUCGAUUUAUCCAGAUGAAUUGACAAAAUAUUCACCUACGCAUUUUAGUAUCAAGUUAUCAUUAGAUACACCAUCUGAACGCAAACAUAGAUUACUUUUAGAUGUAAAAUACCCAGCAGAAUACCCUGAAGUAGUUCCGGAUCUUAACAUAAUAAUACCAGAGGAAGAAGAAGAGGAGGAAAUAAGUGACGAAGAAAGUGAUGAAGAGAACGAAAACGAAACUAAGCUUAUGUUGAACUUAUCAGAAACAAUUGAAUUUGAUUCUAACGAUGUAGACCAGUUAGUCUCCAAAUUGAUUGAAGAAGCUAAUUUACAAGUUGGUAUGCCAUCAGUAUUUGCAUUAACAACCCAAUUAAAGGAUGAAGCUGAAAUUUUAUUCCAAAAUAAAUUAGAACAAACGCAGAAAAAAUAUGAUGAGGAUUCUUUAGCAAGAGAAAUGGAAGAGCAAAAGAAAUUCCAUGGUACCAAAGUAACAAAAGAAUCUUGGAAUGAAUGGAGAAACAAGUUUAGAGAAGAAAUGAAAAUUGCUGAAAGAGAUUUAGAAAACUUCAAUAAAAUGCAUAAUGGUAAACUAUCCGGCAGAGAAAUUUUUGAAAAGGGCUUGGCUGGUGACGAUGAGGAUAUUUUGAAUGAUAUUACUGAUAACGUAAAGAAUGUGAGUGUUUCAUAG